AUGGGAUCACAUGAGGAAGUCUUUUGUUUGAACAUCAGUUCAAUGGUGUUUGUGUUCGUCUCAUUUCUCCGCCCGGACAUCCAGCCGGAUGCUCCGCCCCCCUCGCUGGACCGCCGAGACCUCAGGAGGAUUAACGGGUCCCGAUCUGCUGGUUCUGCUGGAUCCGGACGGGACCUUGGUGCUUUGAGGGACGGCAGCAGAGGUUUGGGCUCACAGAUGACUGACAGCGGAGACGACCUGGUGGGCGGAGACUCCUGGAGAUACUGCUGGUCGUUUAGGAGGCGAGGGGGUGAAGGACGGUUCCCGGCAGCGAGUGAGCUGUGA